GAGAAAGGUGGACCCGGCCCUCGGCUGUUCAGACGCGGAGCCCCGCCCCGCUGUGUCCAGGAAGGAGGGAGGCAGGUGUCAGAACCUGUGUCGUGGGUCUUCCUGUGCUGUGUGGCCUGGGACAAGCACUCGGCCUCUCUGGGCCUCACGGGGGACACCGGGGCCCUUCCCCUGGCCAGAGCGGUGCCAGAGUGGGCCUGGCCAGCUCUGCCUGCCCACUGAGCCCUGACUGCUCCAGGGGCCCAUCGGGGAAGGCUCUGGAGGCUGGCCUGGCACCUCCGAGAGCUCCGGCCGGGCAGGAUCGCGGCUCUGUGGACACUGGGCAGGGCUUCUGCCCGGGGCAGGUGGCAGCCAGAAACACAGCGGUGGCCGAUGCGAGACCACGUGGCAGCGCCGUGCCGGUCGGAGGCCCUGGCACUGCGGCUGGCGGGCACCAACGUGGCACCGACAGCUGGAGAGGAAGUCGCGAAACCAAAGGGGCUUUCCCGACCCUGGGGAGUCUGGCCCGGCCCGGCUGCUGGGGGCGCCCAGGGAGCGCUGCCCUGGCCUGCAGCCAUGCUGCCCACGCACCCGGCCCCCGGGCCUUUCCUGCUUCAGAAGCUGCCAGCGGUCCCCAGGCGCUGCCUGUCUUGGGACAAGGAGACUGUGCUGCUGCCCUCGGGGGUCCUGGCCUGGGUAGGGCAGGCCCCUCCUGGCUGUGAGUGUUUGGGGGCGUCCAUGGGCUGCCAAGUGCUGGCAGAGGGUACCUGGAAGCAGGGAACCCCCCGCCGCCUGCCCUCACGGGGUCAGCCCCCUCUGGUGACCACACAGGCCCUGGCAGCUCCCAGAGGCUCCUCGCUGCCUGUCCCCCCCUCCAGGCAGGAAGUCAAGGAUUCCACCUCAGGGCCCUUGCAGCGUGGGGCCGGACCCCCCACAGACCUGCUCCCACCUUGUCACUUUGUCCCAGAGCUCAGGAAGGACCAGGCACUUGUCUUGGAGCAAUAUUUAAGGGGGGGGUGUGAUAAAAAACUCACUAACCGAGAUCAGUACUAUUUUGGUAGUUUAAAAAUCAAAAUUAAUGCAAAAUUCAUGAUGAAGAAAAUAUCCAACAUGGAAACAGGUCAGGGCCCGCCUCUGCGGGGCACAGCCCCGGGUGCAAGCGCCCGCCUCGCCCACCCUCCUGCCCGCUCCAGGGGAGGGCCACCCGCCCCGUUACCACAACAGGCCCUGCUCCGCCAGCGGUCUCCAUGGCAACGGCGCAGGUGUGGAGGAGGCUGGGCGUUCGGGGAUCCCUGCCAGGAAGGGGUGCCAGGCUUCCUGGGGGAGCACAGACUGGAGGGGAGAGGAGCAAAUUCCUGCCCAGGAACUGCCCAGAGAACCGGCUUCCUCGGGGGAUGGAGCCCCGUCCCCCUCCCUGCCCCCUGCGUCCUGGCUCCUUGCUCCUGUGGAUGGUGACGGCGGGGCCACCACUGCCAGCAAGAAAGCAACCCGGCUUGGGGGCCCUGGUUGGAAUUUCCGAUUUUCCUCAUUAGCAGUUCUCACCAGUCGCCGAUGCUGUUGAGGACGGAUCUGAGGGAGGAGGACAGUGGCUUCCAGACUUUUCCAGCUGCAGAGGCUCGGGAAGUCCC